GCAGCCGCCGCCCGCGUGUGCUCGGAGGCCGCGGGGCCCGGCCUCCGGGGUCCUCCCGACCUGCGCCCCCAGCGGCUGCCGCGCCUCGCCAGGCCAGGCCCCGACGUCGUCCUUCCCACGUCGCCCGCGCCAGGCCACGGCGACCCUCAGACUAGCCGAACGCCGAAUGGCCCCGAGCACGGGAAGUGCCCGCCCCCCGCGUGCCGCCAGCCAAUGGGACGCCAGAAGCCGGGAGGCGCCGAGGCGACGUCGCGUCGCCGCGCCAGGUCUCUAGCAGCUGCCACUGAGCCGCCAGACGGACGCUCGUCUUCGCCCGCCAUGGCCGAGAGCGACUGGGACACGGUGACGGUGCUGCGCAAGAAGGGCCCUACGGCCGCCCAGGCCAAAUCCAAGCAGGCUAUCUUAGCGGCACAGAGACGAGGAGAAGACGUAGAGACUUCCAAGAAAUGGGCUGCUGGCCAGAACAAACAACAUUCUAUCACCAAGAACACGGCCAAGCUGGACCGGGAGACGGAGGAGCUGCACCAUGACAGGGUGACCCUGGAGGUGGGCAAGGUGAUCCAGCAGGGUCGGCAGAGCAAGGGGCUUACGCAGAAGGACCUGGCCACGAAAAUCAAUGAGAAGCCACAGGUGAUCGCGGACUAUGAGAGCGGACGGGCCAUACCCAAUAACCAGGUGCUGGGCAAAAUCGAGCGAGCCAUUGGCCUCAAGCUCCGGGGAAAGGACAUUGGAAAGCCCAUCGAGAAGGGGCCUAGGGCGAAAUGAACACAAAGCCUCGAAAUCAGUGCGCUCCAGCUGAUCUCGUUCCGCCGGUUCCCCUUGGCCGCCAGCACCGCCGUGGGUCUCCUCACGGGCCGAACGGAACAAGGGGUCCAGCUUGUGGGGGACCCUCCCCAGCCCACUCUUGCUGUCAAACAAACAAAACCUUGCAAAGCG